AUGAAAAGAAAUUGGAAGGUAACGAAAGGACGAGAUGUGUCGCCAUCCGAACAAAUCUCAAAUAUGUUCCUGAAUGCUUGUGCUGUAAUCAAUGAUGAUAUUUGCAUGAUAAAGAAGACACAAAAGCAGAGAAGAAAUAUGGACAAAGGUAAUCGAGUUGCUUCCCAGGUGCAAUACUAUUGGGAUUUGCGUCAUACAUCAUCAUUACGGGAUGAGAUUGAUAUCAUUAGCAAAGUAAAAACAUUGGACAUUGAAGUUAUGGUGUUCUAUGAUGUUCCCCUGCUUUUUUCUGCAUUGAACGCAAAUGACUUACUUGAGCAUACUUUGUUAACUGAAAUUACUGAUCUUAAAAUUAUUGACCUUGAAUGGUAG